GCAGAGGGGAUUAUCUGCAGAGAUCAGCAGCUGACUCCCACUUUUUCUUGGCCUUUCUUUGAUCCAGAAAGUCAAGCAUUUGAACAGCAAAGAGGAAAAAGAUGGCAGCUGGGGUGAUACAAGCUCUAAGCAAGUUCAGGCUACCCACCGAAUUCCAGUAUCCAUUUCUGACCUCCCUAGCUGGCCAGGAGAUGAGCUUCCAGUAUUUAUCCGGAGAAGAAGACACGGAGGAGGAAGAGGAAGAUGAGACAGAAGAGGAAGGAAGGGAAGACAUGGACUUAGAAGAAGAUCUGAUGAGUUCUGUCCACGAAGAUGCUGCCAUGGAAGCCAACCCCAGCGUCAAUAACACUAAAAAGACAAUGCAGCUCCUCCAAUUUGCCGAACGCAUCAGCCACGACAUCCAGAGGUAUUUUGGCAAGAAGAACAAAGAGCAGGAAGAUGAGGAAGGGAUGGAGGGAAGCAGCUGCAACACUUACGAGGACUUCUGCUCCCUACCACUGUCAGGACAAGUGAUGUCCUACACAGAUCUGACCAGGAUUUCUCAGCGCGAGGAGACUGAUGAUGAAGAAGACUUUUCUGACCCCCACAAGACUUUUGAGCAGCUCUGGAGUGAGAAAGGCAAAAAGUUGGGCCCCCUGGCUGAACUUUUUGAGUACGGUCUUUGUAAGUAUCUUCAGCGACAUCUCUCUCCUGAUAAUAAGAAACGGAUGAGGCUGGAGAGGAAAUUUGGAUAUGUCACCCCCAUGCAGAGCAGAAAGCUACCUCAGUCCUUCUGGAGGGAGCCAACGCUCAGCCCCAUAGGUACCCCAAGUGGCAAUCCUCCAGACUUUAGUGAUCUACUGGCGAACUGGACUUCUGAAUCUGGUCAGGAGGAUCUGAAUGCCAGCCGAGAGCAGCUUGGUGAGAUCACCAGUGAUGGACACUAAGAAGCCUUCCUUUCUCUCAUUGGUUCAACGUGCACAUUGCUAAAUGCAUCUUCAGAGAAAUGUUGCCCUCCACCAGUACAGAUAGUCCUUGACUGACGACGACAAUUCAGCCCAAAACUUCUGUUGUCACGUGAGACCCUUGUUAAGUGAGUUUUGCCCAGUGGUGGAAUUCAAAUAUGUGAACAACCAGUUC